GCUACCUCUGGCAGUAGAAAUGAUUUUAUGAAUAGCAGCGCUGCUGUUGGAUCACAAGAUUGCCAAAUAAGUUGCUUCUCCAGCUGUUGACCACAGACUGACAAAAGAGUUCAACUCCGCCAAAAAAAUGAGAAGACUGUGUUUGCAUUUUCUUGUCCUUAUAGUGGGCCUAAUUGGCUCAGGAAGUUGCCGAAAUGUUCUUCAAACAACUUCUGAAGGAACACAGACGAAAGAGUCUGUUGACCCACAAGAUGAACCCGCCCAGAGAGCCGCCGGUGUCACUUUCGCCUUUGCCAAACACUUCCAGGACAACAUGGUGUUACAGAGAGCCCCAGAGCGGGCCAACAUCUACGGCUUUUCUCCCGACAUCGGAAAGAAAAUCAUCGCACAAAUGAACACCCCAUCGAAGCAGUACGACUACACGACGGUGGUCACAGCGGGCUCUACAGCUGGCGUCGGUGUAUGGAAGAUAACUCUUGAUCCUCUCAAUGCCGGCGUCACUGUCACCAUCAAAGUUGUAUCUGACCGCGGCACCUUGAAUCUGAAAAAUGUCAUUUUUGGUGACGUGUGGAUCUGUAGUGGCCAAUCCAACAUGGCGUUUAAUGUAUUUAUGAUGUCUGAUGCGGCAGCGCAGACGGCUGACGCUCACAACUACCCUAACAUACGCCUGAUGACUGUGUCGACGAGAAACUCCACCUUCCCCCUGGACGAUCUGGUAGCGAUUGAUCAAGCCUGGACGUCUCCAAACAGUGGCGCCAUGGGUCGCUGGGCCUGGGACUAUUUCUCUGCUGUGUGCUGGGUGUUUGGCAAGCAAGUGCACAGGGCCACGGGGGUUCCUGUUGGUCUGAUCGCCUCAGACUGGGGCGGCACGCCGCUAAACGCUUGGUCUUCCCCCGAGUCUCUCCACAAAUGUAGAGCAGCUAAAGCCACAAGCAGGAGGACAGUGGGAGAUGCUGAGAUCAGUCUGCCUGUAUCAGACAGCCCCAACUCCCCUCCUCAAGCGCGGGAUUUUUACGUCCCGAGAGACGACUCCGUCCUGUGGAACUCCAUGAUCUACCCGCUCCUGGGGAUGACCUUGCGCGGCGCCAUUUGGUACCAAGGUGAAACUGAUGCAGACGGUGGCACCAAGAUGAACAUCUACAACUGCACCUUCCCUGGCAUGAUCGCCGACUGGCGGGAAAAGUUCAGUCAAGUGUCUCAGCAAACCAACCCUCAGUUCCCCUUUGGCUUUGUGCAGCUGGCGCCCAACGCCCCACAACCUCCGUACAUCACCGUGGGGUUCCCAGACAUCCGCUGGCAUCAGACAGCUGACUACGGCUACGUGCCCAAUCCCAAGAUGCCCAACGUGUUCAUGGCCGUGGCACUGGAUCUGCCUGGGUUUAACUCUACCUACGGCGCGAUACACCCACAGGACAAAGCAGACGUGGGCGCCCGCCUGGCCCUAAGUGGACUGUCCGUGGCUUACAAUCAGAAAACUGUCUAUCAGGGCCCGUUCCCUCGGUCCGGCGCGCCUUCUUCCUCCGGCUAUGUGCUAGACUACGGCUCUACCUGGAAACUUGUCGUGCGCAGUCAGGACGUAUUUGAGUUCUUCUGUGAGCGGAAGGACGGCAGUUAUGGGAAAUGGGUGGUCACCUCCAGUGUGGCCUCUAACUCCACGAGCAUCACUUUGAAAUCUGACGUCUGCGGCAACGAUGAGAAGAUCAUGGGGGUACGCUACGCCUGGCGGACUUCACCCUGUACCUUCAAGAAGUGUGCUGUCUAUUCCACCGUCAACAGCCUCCCUGCCCCUCCCUUUGUCUUCAAGGCCAAUCCGGGAGAGAACGAAGUGAAGUUUUCUGGACCUUUCGGGGACGGUCGUCUGGAGUUCUAACUUCAUUCCUAGUAUCCUAGCCUAGAGGCCCAAAAUAUGACGGGUGUCGGAGUUCAAGUGUGAUGCGAUCAUGAAGAAGAAAAAGAAGAUUCCUAGAGGUUUAAUUUAUUGUCAGUAUUCUUGAAGGUAAUAUUUUUGUCAUUUCGUUGCCAUACCGUUGGCCACAAGAGAGUUUUUACAAUAUUUUUUAAAAUGCUUGUUACUAAUGUUACAAAUUUCCUGGAAUAUCACCCUGAUAGAUACAGAACUUUAUUACUAUUAUGCCCUAUACUCCACCAGUUGAAGUCAAUUAAAUUAAUAAUUUAAAAAUGUAAU